UUUCAGCUCAUUGGAAAAUGUCUUCCGUUUAUGAUUUGUAUGACAAUUCCACAUAUAAGAACGAAAGGCUACAGCGAACUACUUCACGUUUCAACUUUUGGAUUCUCAUAGAUACACUUCUUAUGAUAAUGGUGACAGCUGGUGUUGUCCUCUUAUUUACUUUCGUGGACGUGAUUUGGAAAUUCUUCAAAAGGGAUUCCUGGGUAAAAUUUACCAUUUUAGGAGUCAGUUCAUUUGUGCUCUUGAUAUUCGCAUUCGUGCCAAAAGUUCGAUCACGACCAAUUGGUGUCUAUAUCAUGCUUUCAAUUGUAAUCGCAAUGUGGUCUGUGGUAUUGGCUGCUCUUUUGUCACCUGUUGGACUGAAAGCUGGACUCAUAUCUCUGGCCUGUAUACUUGUGGUGGAAAUUCCAGUAGUUUUGACGGCUUUGCUCUUGCCUCGACUGAACGGGAAGGGGUUGGUAGUGUUUUACUAUGUGGCAUGGACGUUGGCGAUUGUGGGAGUCAUUUUGAUCAUUUUCUAUGUGUUCUUCGAACAACAAAUAAUUUUAGCUCUGGCAGUAGCUUUCUGUAUAUUAUUCAUACUCUUCUUUUUGUUCACUUGUGUCAAUAAUCACGACUUGAUCGGUUGGUUGGUGAAUUUCAGUGCCGUGGAAUUUACCACAGCGUUCAUCAUUUGGUCUUGUACGAUCUGCAUUUUCGGCUUGUCAGAAAGCAGUUUGGCAUUCUUCUUCAAUGAAACAAAACAACAGUCUGGUUUGUGAAAUUCUUCUUCCGGCUUACAUUUAUUGGCAGACAGUAGAAUGGGACGAUGUCACUCUGUGGGCAUCUUCAUUUUAAUUUUGAUUUUUGUGAUUUCUAGUUCCUCUUCAAGAGAGAAUGUUAAUCAUAGUUUACCUUUCUCAUAUGAAGUGUGCUAUUACUUGCACAGACAUUUACACUGAUAUUCGUCUUCUUUAAUAAGAACACAAACUGUCUUUUUUCAAAAUAAGU